AUGCGAAGCUCUUGGUCCCAGGGCAGUGUGGCAGAGUAUCCUGGGAACGAGCCGUGUUACCGAGGGGACGCUUCCAAGAUGGCGACCCAAACAGUUGGAACUGCGGAUCGGUACGUGGGAGAAACUAAACGACAGCUACGAGACGGCUUUGGUGUGUACAAAUAUCCAAACUCUUUCUUUACCUACGAGGGAGAGUGGGUCAAAGGCAAGAAGCACGGACAUGGUAAACUUCUCAUGAAUGAUGGCACGUACUACGAAGGGGAGUUCUUCCACGGGGAGAUUGACGGCCACGGCUUCCGCAAGUUUGCCAACGGAAACACGUACUCCGGACAGUUCAGCAAGGGUGAGAUGAACGGACACGGGGUGAUGACCUGUCCAGAUGGAAGCCGGUAUGAGGGGGAGUUUGACCACAACCAAAGAGAAGGCCACGGGGUGCUUACAGACACAGAUGGAGCAGUGUAUGAGGGAUCUUUCCACAAGAACAAGAGACAUGGUCCAGGGUCACAAACAUACAGUGGUGGGGAGAGAUACGAGGGUGAUUUUGUGAGAGACAUUCGACAAGGACACGGGGAGCUGAGAUAUCCAGAUGGCACCAUAUAUGAGGGUCAGUGGAGAAAUGACAUGUUCAAUGGUGAAGGUACGAUGAUCCAUGCCUCAGGAAUGGUGUAUGAAGGAAUGUGGAUCAAUGGAAAACCAGAAGUUGAGGCAACCAAGGUAGUAGUUAUAGGAGAACAGAGUAUUGAAGUGACCCAGGGAACAGCCUUCUCCAUACAGGUAGAACUCAGGGAUGAUGAGGAUAAAGUCAUUGCAGAAAAUGGUCGUGAGAUUCAGGUGAGCGCUGCCGUACGGUACUUUGCUCCGACACAGGGCACGUCCUUGUUUGACCUUGUAGAGGACAUGGAAGAGACACCCUUCUCCACCCCAUUUGGUUAUGAGGUGGUGUCAUACCCCCUGACAGACAUGGACCAGUUGCCUCCAGAUUACGACGUGAAGCCGUCACCGCGACCGUCGUACCUGAUCGCAGAACAGACCAUCCACGAGGCGGGGUCUGAUGCAGCAUCUGAUGUCGGGCGUGACGAAUCUGCUGAUCCAGAUGCUAACCCAACUCUUGACGCUGACAAUGCAUCUACAGAAGAGACCCCCCUGCCCCCUCCCCCCAACACCUGUCGCUCCGAGGCAGGGGGGCUGUUCUUUAAGGACCUGUUCCUCCCAGGGGCCCCUCCCAUGUACCGGCCUUUCAUCCUCAUGGAUGAGAUGGAUAAAGAGAAAGGAGGGAAGGGUGGCAAAAAGAGCAGGAACCCAAGUGCUAUUAAACCAGCGGAGUCAGCCACAAGUACAGUGAAUUUGGAGGUGAAGUUGGAAACUAAGCUGUCUACGCUGGGGAAACACAACGAGGGAAAGUUUGCCAGACCAGGUGACUACGUGAUCAUGAUUCACGAUGUGACCACGCCCCUGUUCCUGGGUCGAUCUCUACAGCCAGCCUUCAUCACGGUGAAGGUGACUCCGCCCAAACACAAGGGUGGGGGGGCAGCGCCGGGCAAGAAGAAGAGCUCCCAUAAACACAACUAAUGAGUGCUGGCAGUGAAAACACAACCAAUGCCUUCCCAUCCCCCUUCCCCACUUUCCAUGUUCAACAUACCAUUCCCUGCAUGCCCGUAGUCAGGAUUUUGAAU